AUGUUUAAGCAAAUUGUGACAAAAGCUGACUUGUGUCAGCUAUAUCUAGAUUCUAAUAAAGAUCUGGCUACAGCAACUAUCCGUUUAUUGGAAUUAUUAAACUUAGAAAACGACGAGAAAUCAAUUGAAACAGCGGAAGAACUCUUUCGAAUUCAUGUUGUCCAACGAAAGUCAAGAUUAAGAGAUUGGCAACAACAUCAUCGAUCAACUUCUUGGUAUGCAGAAGAAGUACCUGUAGAAUCACUUUUCCUUCAAUUGGCGACAGAUAAUCAAAACGAAAAUAUUCCAACAGAUGACGAUGAUGAUAAUGAGUUAGGGCCUACUCAAUAUCUUGGAAGCACGACAAAAUUUUCAGAAUUAACACUCGAGCAAAAACGAUAUCGGACGUAA